CAGUGGUAGCAACACCAGCACCAGCACCAGCCUAACCAACCCGAACCCGACCUGUAAUCCUGUGCCUGUCCUGUUGUGCUGAACUUGCUCGCUCGCUGCUCGGCAAAACGUGAACGCCUCGCCUCCUCGAGCUGCCGCCCGUAAAGUAGGAAAGUCAAACUCCCGCCUUCACUUUUUAAGACGUAGAGUUUUGGUUUGUUGAUCACUGCCUCACUUCGGUCAUCCUCACUUGGCUAUCACUCACGACCUCCGCAACGCUCCCACCACUACCACCACCACCACCAUCACCCACCUACUCGAAUCUGCCUGCCUCACUUGCCUCGACAUUCACCUCGCGUCAAAGUACUAUCCGAUACGACUUGCCAAUUGGCCUUCGCGGAGUCGUUCAGCAACCAACGAAAAGCCUGUCGUCUGCGCCAUAAGGCCCCCCAGUCCUCACCCCCCAGAAGUCUAGCAUCAACAGACCUUAGCAUCUGCAUCGACAUCUCCACCACAACGCAACGCAACGCACUGCACCCGCAGCAAUUCUCACAAGCACCCUCACCGCGGUCAACCCUCAACACUCAACCCUCACGCAUCCUCACUCUUGCUCUCAACUGUCGCCUUCGCACCAUGAGAGCAACCCCCGCAGAUUGUUGAUCCAGGCGACGAUUCCGCCUCUAUCGGGAGACUGACCCAGAAAAUACUAGUGCCGACCAGCGCAUCAAUCUCGAGCGAGGGUGAUCCAACAACACCACCACACCAACUCCCACGACCUGCGUGUGCGUGCGAGCCAGAAGCCAGGAGAGAUGUCUUCAGCCGCACUGCAAGCCGCGCCUCAUCAACCGACCUCCGUCUCAUCGCAUUCUCCUGUGGCCGCAACAGCUAAUCGUCCUUUUACCGCGGGUUCUUCCCAGUCAUCGAGAGACCCAUAUUACAACCAGAAUAACACCUCAAACGCGUCUCCCUCUUCCAAUCGCCGACCCAGCAGACGGCCAAGCGGCAAUGGCGCAUCGUCGAAUAAUAAUUCACAACAAUCCGCACAAUAUUAUUCACAAUCUGGCAACGGCCCCAAUCCCAAUUCGCCGAUGACCAGUCGAGCUCCCAAUAACUCCAAUCCCUCCGCCUCCCCCACGAUUACCGCAGCCGCAGCUUCAGGUUAUCCUGUCAUGGCCCCAGGAGACCACCAACGCGGUGUUCCCCCAACCGUCACACCGAGAACCUCCUCAAACCGAACCUCGACAUCCGCCGCCGCUCCCUCGGCCUCGAGAAGAGAACGAUACGCAGAUGCCUCCAACUCACCCAGGCAAGCUCCUGGUGACGAUCAACAGGAAAGAUCAGAGCGCCAAAGAAGCAAUGGGAGUACACAGGUGAACGGGGCCGGAGAUGACUCUCGGUCCAGGAGACGAGCACAGCAACAAUCGGGAGAGGCCCUGCCGCAUAGACCGAGUGGGACAAGGGAAUCCAGAGCCUCACAAUCUGCGUCAAGACCCACGGCCAUGGCUGUUCAAUCACCAACCGCGUUGUCGCGAGAAGCAAGCGAGGUCUUAAAUCGAGUCAUUGUGAGCAAGCCCGAGGUCGAUCUGGAUCGGGAGCGUGAGCGCAUGGCAGAAGCUGUACCAUCAUCUCCGCCUUCGGAUCAGACGCCAAGAAGAGAAAUGGCGGUGGUGGGCACUGAGGUGAUGGAAGAGAAUACGAGAGGUAGCCGCAGUCGACAUGAUCAUGCGAAUACUGGCAAGCGGGAGAAGAAUAGCAAAUUUGGCGAUUACUAUUUGGGCAAUACCCUUGGAGAGGGAGAAUUUGGUAAAGUCAAGAUGGGGUGGAAACAAGAAGGGGGCGUGCAGGUCAGUUGAAUACUGUUGUUAUGAUAGUGACUACGCUAACUUGCAUCAAAGGUUGCCAUUAAGCUUAUCCGUCGCGAUAGUGUUGGGACGAACCCAACUCGACUUGCAAAGAUCUACCGCGAAAUUGCUAUUCUUCGAGAGAUAUCACAUCCUAAUAUUGUCCGUUUACAUGAGAUGGUGGAGACGGAAAAGCAGAUUGGUAUCAUUCUAGAAUACGCCUCGGGUGGAGAACUAUUCGACUACAUUCUGAACCAUAGAUACCUGAAGGAUAACGCUGCUCGACGUCUGUUCGCACAAUUGGUUUCCGGAGUUGGAUAUUUGCAUAAGAAGGGUAUUGUUCACAGAGAUCUCAAGCUUGAAAAUUUGUUGCUCGACCGCAAUCGGAACAUCAUCAUCACUGACUUUGGUUUUGCCAACACUUUCAGUCCUAACGACGAACUAGGGGAUGAAAUUGAGUAUAACCUGGGCAGCAGAGAAUAUGUCAAGCGCAUGGAACUGGACAAGAUCUUACCCAAUGGGAAUAGAAGAGGCGACUUGAUGCAGACAAGUUGUGGCAGUCCUUGUUAUGCAGCUCCGGAACUUGUCGUAAGCGACUCGUUAUAUACCGGCCGCAAGGUUGAUGUAUGGAGUUGCGGAGUGAUAUUGGUAAGUUUUGAAAGACUGGUUGACUUGUAUUUUGCUAAUUCCAUCAGUAUGCCAUGCUUGCUGGCUACUUGCCAUUCGAUGACGAUCCAGCAAACCCGGAAGGCGACAAUAUUAACUUGCUGUAUAAGUAUAUUGUGUCGACUCCUCUCACCUUUCCUGAAUAUGUCACACCACAUGCUCGAGACCUUCUGCGCCGAAUCCUCGUUCCAGAUCCACGUAAACGUGCCGACCUAUUCGAAGUUGCGAGACAUAGCUGGUUAAGCGAGUACUCUCAUGUUGUGGGUUUCAUCACGAGCAGUACCACAACCACCGCAGAAAUUUCCUCAGCCACCGUCAAGUCGGAAGAACAAGAAGCACCCGGACUUGGAAGAAGUUCCUCGGUCAGAGAGCCCACGAAAACAGGCAAAGCCCCAGCACCCGUUGUUGGAGAAUUGGGGAGAAAACAUGGAGGAGUGGAUCCAGAUGCCCCAGAAUCGCACCCAAAGCCCAGCAAGGACAACAAGAGAAGAACUGUCCAAGUGGAAUAUGUUGCUCCUCGUUCACAAACUCAACGUGGCGAGCCCGUCUCUGCAGUUGCACCAUCAGGAUCGAAAACCCGUGCUCGCGCUGGAAGUUUUGGCCCAGUUGAAGUGCAAUCAACCCCACCUGGAACCAGAAGACAGGUAUCUACGGAGAAAGCUCUACCAAGGGAUCCCCCAGCUGCUCAGGAUGCGUAUGCCAGCCAUGGAAGACGCCCAUCAACAUCACAACGCCCAUCAGGUAUGCCUCCCCCUACCCGCCCCGGACGUGAACACUCUCGAACCCUGUUGGACAAAACUCACAUAGCAGCUUUAGGCGGACCUCCUGUCUCCAUUGCCAGACCAAAUACCGGAGGAUCGAUGACCUCUUUCGCAAGCCGAGGUGGAACGAUACCACUGACCAACCGAGGUUCUUAUAGCCAACCUGCAGCGCCCACCGUGACUGGCACGAAUACACACGGUCGAAUCGAACAGCCAAAGGGUUCAAAGAACUAUAGCAUUUCUGGUACUCCGUCACAGGAUGAGUCAUCUGAGUAUGGCAGACCAAGUUCGCAUCAAGUUCCGCCAAAGUUUCAAAAGGUUGCCGGCAUGGACGAAGGUGGUCAAGGGGUGGUAGACAAGGGACACAAACGCUCAAACACCAUUAGUGGAUUUUUCAGCAGAACAAAUUCAGUUUUCGGCAAGUCUGGGCGUAGGGAUUCUACCGCAGAGCGACCAGCUCCCGAAAAGCAGAAGAAAUAUCCACCGAUUAGCAUGGCUGGAGCACACAUUCCAGGACACCCAGCACAUGAACCUACCCCUCGCCACUCGAUAGAUUCUCGUCGCUCGAUAUCAUUUGGAUUUGGAAAGAAACGAAGUGGGAGCAUCAAUGGAUCGCAAAGCACUCUCCAAGAGAAACCAAGGAGAUUCUCUUUGCUUCCAGCUUCAUUCUCUCUAAAAUCGAUAGGUAUUGGUAAGGAAUAUGGCACACCAGGUGCUCCACCAUCGGAUUACGAUUCUCGACCAGACAGCCAUGGAACUGGACCUUCCCAAAGUACCCGUAGUGACCCUUUGAGAAACACUAGCGGCAGUGCCCCUCAUCCAGCCACAGCCGAUGGUUCUUAUGAUCGACAACGUGAUAGUCCAUUGCAAGACCGACGCAAUACAUCUACAGCAAGCCCCACUCAACACCGAUACACUUCCCAAGGACAGGUUUCAAAUCCUCGAUCAGGAGCUGCACCCCAAUUUCUUCCCCCUAUGGGCUUCCGACAAGGCGAAUCGGCGAUCAACACAGAAUCUGAAUCGUCUUUGAAUGAGUAUCAAAAUCAACGAGGCACUGUAACAUACCCUCAAGCUCCUCAAACAUACCCUGAUUACGACAGUGAUCGUCGACCAGGAAAUAGUCGAGCCAACAGUCGUGGGGUUCUUCAAAAGCCUAAUCGAAAAUUCGCCGAAGCUUAUGAGCCUGUUCAAAAUUAUGGAUAUGGACCAACUCAUACCAAUGAUCACGCUGGUAGUAGCGGAGCGGCUCGAAAAGUCAUGGAUUUCUUCCGACGACGUGGAAAGGACCGUGCUGGGGAGAGAUGA